AUGGCGAUGCUGAAUGCCACCGUUACCUCUUGGGAGGAAAGCACCAGCCGCCAGCAGCUGGAAGUCCAGAUCAGCCACCUGUCUGUCGCCAGCAGCCAGGUAGAGUUGGUGGAAGACAAGUCCACCAAUGUCUCCAUUCAGAAUGAGCCUGUGAUCUUCAAGGGGACCCUGGGGUGGACCAAGCAGCUGUUCACAGACUUCAUCUCCUUCACCCUGAAGCUGGUCCUAAGAGGACAGCACUGCCACCCCCACGUGGCCCUGCCCCUCUUCUGGUCUCCUUUCCAGCCUGGUGAGCCGCCUGCCCUGUACGCCCCAGAUCUGCGAAGAGAUCUGCAUCAUCUCCAGCAUCAUAGCCAACUUAGUCCAGACAAGGGCUGCUUCCCCGCCAACCAGGCCCAGGUGACUGUCUACAGCCUCAAUAUGUCCAAGCUCUACUGUCAGAACAAGGGUAUCAUGGUGGCUGAGCUCCAAGAGGCGCAGGACGCUGGCCCUGCAGGAGGGCGUGUGCUGCCCCCGCCCAUCCCGCGCUCGCGCCGGGGCACUGAGAACCCACGUGAUUUCCCGGCAGAGGCAGCCGGCUCCCUGCACCCGUCGCCAGGCUGCUCUCCGCGCCUACUUUCAGUUUCGUGCUCAGCACGGCGCAGCCGGGAGCGCAGCCGGGAGCGCAGCCGGGAGCGCAGCCGGGAGCGCAGCCGGGCCGGGCUGCUCACGGACCCCGUCAGCCUCCAGCUGGGCACCGAGAACCUGUGCGGAUGUCUCGUGAGGCUGCUCAGCAAAGACCCAGAAUGGCUGAGUGCCAAGGUGAAGUUCUUCCUCCCCAGCAUGGACCUGGGCUCCGGGGACCAGUCCCCAGACCCCACACAGAGGGUCAUGCAACAACUCAGCAAACUGCACACCCAGGGUCAGAGCACCUGGCAGGAGUUCAUCCACUGCGUGUGCAUGGAGCUGGACGUACCACUGGAGCUGGAGGUGCCGUUGCUGAGCAUUUGGGGCCACAGAGACGGCUCCCCCAGGCAGCUGGACGUUGGCGAGGAAAGCCGACCAGACUCUCAGCUCCACCCUGACCUCAAGCGGCCUCAUCAGAGCUGUGGGUCCUCACCUCGCCCAAAGCAGUUCAAGAAGCAGCAGCAAGAGCUGGCCAAGAGGUAUCUGCAGCUGCUUAGAACUUCUGCCCGGCAGCGCUAUACCGACAGGACCCCCAGGCCAGGGCAGCCGCUUGCCUUCCCCCAAGUCUACAUCCCUCCAAUCUUGCAAUGGAGCCGGGCCUCAGCACCCUUCGACGCUCAGGAGGGGGCCAUUACAGGGGACCCCAAGGCAGAAGAUGGCACCGACGUGAACAUCCGGGACCUCUUCAAUACCAAGGCCAGCAGGGGCCCAAGAGUGACGGUGCUUCUGGGGAAGGCGGGCAUGGGCAAGACCACGCUGGCCCACCGGCUCUGCCAGAAGUGGGCUGAUGGUCAGCUGGACCGCUUCCAGGCCCUGUUCCUUUUCGAAUUCCGCCAGCUCAACGUGAUCACAGGUUUCUUGACGCUACGCCAGCUCCUUUUUGAUCUGUACCUGAGGCCUGAGGCUGGCCCCGAGGCCGUCUUCCAGUACCUGCAGGAGAAUGCUAGUGGAACCCUGCUGAUCUUUGAUGGGCUGGACGAGGUCUUCCACCCCUGCCCCAGCAAGGAGACUGCAGGCCCUGAGGGCCCAGCGUCAGCGCUCACCCUCUUCUCCCGCCUCUGCCGCGGGGCCCUCCUGCCUGGCUGCUGGGUAAUGGCCACCUCCCGUCCAGGGAAGCUGCCCGCCUGCCUGCCCACCGAGGUGGCCACGGUCCACAUGUGGGGCUUUGACGGACCGCGGGUGGAGGAGUACGUGAGCCGCUUCUUCAGCGACCAGCCAUCCCAGGAGGCAGCCCUAGCGGAGCUGCGGGCAAACAGACGUCUCUGGAGCAUGUGUGCCGUGCCCGCUCUGUGCCGAGUCGCCUGCCUCUGCCUCUACCAUCUGCUCCCGGGCAGCUCUCCAGGCCAGUCUGCGGCCCUCCUGCCCACCAUGACCCAGAACUACGUGCAGAUGGUGCUAACCCUCAGCCCCCAAGGGUUCCUGCCUGCCGAGUCCCUGCUGGGUCUCGGGGAGGUGGCCCUACAGGGCCUGGAGACAGGGAAGGUCGUCUUCUCUGCAGAUGACAUCCCUCCACCCGUGAUGGACUUCGGGGCUGCCCUCGGCCUGAUGACCUCCUUCUGUGUGUGCACGGGGCCCGGGCACCAGGAGACAGGCUAUGCCUUCACCCACCUAAGCCUGCAGGAGUUUUUUGCUGCCCUGCACCUGAUGGCCAGCCCCCAGGUGGACAAAGAUACACUCUCCCAACAUGUCACCCUCACUUCUCGCUGGGUGCAGCGAAGCAAAGCUAGACUGGGCCUCUUAGACCACCUCCCCACCUUUCUGGCGGGCCUGGCGUCCUGUGCCUGCCGCCCCUUCCUCAGCCUCCUGGCACAGCGGGACGAGGCCUGGGUGGGUACCAAGCAGGCAGCAGUGGUGCAAGCACUGAGGAAGUUGGCCACCCGCAGGCUCACGGGACCAAAGGUUGUAGAGCUGUGUCACUGUGUGGGUGAGACACAGGUGCCUGAGCUGGCUGGCUUCACAGCCCAGAGCCUCCCCCAUCAAAUGCCCUUCCACAACUUCCUGCUGACCUACGCCGACCUGGCUGCCCUGACCAACAUCCUAGGGCACAGGGAUGACCCCAUCCACCUGGAUUUUGAGGGCUGCCCCCUGGAGCCCCGCUGCCCUGAAGCCCUGGCCGGCUGUGGGCAGGUAGAGAAUCUCAGCUUUAAGAGCAGGAGGUGUGGGGACGCCUUUGCCGAAGCCCUCUCCAGGUGCUUGCCGACAAUGGGGAAACUGAAGAAGCUGGGGUUAGCGGGAAGUAAGAUCACUGCUCAAGGCAUCAGCCACCUGGUGCAGGCUUUGCCCCUCUGUCCACAGCUGGAAGAGAUCAGUUUUCGGGACAACCAGCUCAAGGACUGGGAGGUGCUGAGCGUUGUGGAGGUACUGCCUUGCCUGCCGCGGCUCCAGAAGCUUGACCUGAGCCUCAGCAAUGUCUCCGUGUCAACCCUCCUCUCCUUGACGAAUGUGGCGGUCACGUGCCCCACCGUCAGGAUGCUGCAGGUCAGGAAGGCGGACCUCAUCUUCCUUCUCUCCCCACCCACAGAGACGGCUACAGAGCUACAAGGAGACCCGGACCUACGGGGCAAUGCCAACCAGAGGAAAGAGGCUCAGAGGAGAAGCCUGGCCCUCAGGCUCCAGAAGUGUCAGCUCGGGGUCCAUGAUGUGGAAGUGCUCAUAGCCCAGCUCCGGGAAGGUCCACACCUGGAUGAAGUGGACCUCUCAGGGAACCAGCUGGAAGAUGAAGGCUGUCAACUGAUGGCGGAGGCUGCACCCCAGCUGCACAUCGCCAGGAAGCUGGACCUCAGCAGCAAUGGGCUUUCUCUGGCUGGGGUGUGCCGCGUGCUGAGUGCAGUGAGCACGUGCCGGACCCUGGCAGAGUUACACGUCAGCCUGCUGCACAAAACUGUGGUCCUCAAGUUUGCCCCAGAGCCGGAGGAGCAGGAGGUGACCCAGAAAAGGCUGACGCACUGUGCAUUGCAAGCCCAGCACCUAGAGCACCUCUGCAAAGCACUGGGAGGAAGUUGCUGCCGCUGUCACCUCGACUUAUCAGGCAAUGCUCUCGGGGACAAAGGUGCGGCCCUGCUGGCUCAGCUGCUUCCAGGGAUGGGCGCUCUGCAGUCCUUGAACCUCAGUGAGAACGGUUUGUCCCUGGAUGCUGUGUUCAGUUUGACCCAGUGCUUCUCUACUCUGCCGUGGCUUCUGCACUUGGACUUCAGCUCUGAGAGCCAACACGUCAUCCUGAGAGGUGAUGGAAGAGACAGGGAUCUGUUGGCUGCUGGGUCUUUGCCAGAGUUCCAAGCUGGAGCCCAGUUCUUGGGGUUCGGUCAGCGCCGCACCUCCAGGAGCUUCUGCCUCAGGGAAUGUCAGCUGGAGCCCUUGAGCCUCUCCCGCCUCUGUGAGACUCUGGAGAAGUGCCCGGGGCCUCUGGAAGUCAAACUGUCCUGCAAGGUCCUGAGUGACCAGAGCCUGGAGACCCUGCUGCACCACCUACCCCGGCUCCCUGAGCUAAGCCUGCUGCAGCUGACCCAGAUGGAACUGUCCCCAAGGAGCCCCCUCCUGCUGGCUGACAUCUUCAGCCUGUGCCCACGGGUUCAGAAGGUGGAUCUCAGGUCCCUGCAUCACGCGACCCUGCACUUCAGGUCUAGCGAGGAGCAGGAAGGCGGGUGCUGUGGCAGAUUCACAGGCUGCGGUCUCAGCCAGGAGCACGUGGAGCCGCUCUGCUGGUUGCUGAGCAAGUGUGAAGACCUCAGCCAGCUGGACCUCUCAGCAAACCUGCUGGGUGAUGCCGGGCUCAGGUGCCUCCUGGAAUGUCUCCCUCAGGUGCCCAUCUCCGGUUCACUUGAUCUAAGUCACAACGGUAUCUCUCAGGAAAGUGUCCUGUGCCUGGUGGAGACUCUCCCCUCCUGCCCACGUGUCCGGGAGGCCUCAGUGAACCUGGGCUCCAAGCAGAGCUUCUGGAUUCACUUCUCCCGACAGGAGGAGGCUAGGAAGACACUGAGGCUCAGCGAGUGCAGCUUCGGGCCAGAGCAGGUGCCCAGACUGACCACUGGCCUGAGCCAGGCCCUGUGGCUGACGGAGCUCACGUUGACCCAGUGCCUCCUGGGCCUGGAGCAGCUAACUAUCCUCCUGGGUCUGCUAAAGUGGCCGGCAGGGCUUCUCACUCUCAGGGUGGAGGAGCCGUGGGUGGGCAAAGCCGGGGUGCUCAUGCUGCUAGAAGUCUGUGCCCAAGCCUCAGGCAACGUCACUGAAAUAAGCAUCUCCGAGACCCAGCAGCAGCUCUGUAUCCAGCUGGAAUUUCCCCAUCAGGAGAACCCAGAAGCCAUGGCCUUCAGGCUGACUCACUGUGACCUUGGGACCCACCACAGCCUUCUUGCCAGGCAGCUGAUGGAGACCUGCGCCCGGCUGCGGCAGCUCAGCUUGUCCCAGGUGAACCUCUGCGAAGCCAGUGCUCUGCUGCUACAAAGCCUCCUGCUGUCCCUCUCUGAGCUGAAGAACUUCCGGCUGACCUCCAGCUGUGUGAGCUCCAGUGCGCUAGCCCACCUGACAUCUGGUCUAAGCCACUGUCACCACCUGGAGGAGCUGGACUUGUCUAACAAUCAACUUGGCGAGGAGGGUACCAAGGUGCUGACGGGGGCCCUUGAGGGCAAGUGCUGGCUGAAGAGACUUGACCUCAGCCACCUCCCACUGGGCGGCUCUACCCUGGCUGCACUCACUCAAGGACUAAGCCACAUGACCCUCCUGCAGAGCCUCCGUCUGAGCAGGAGUGAUAUCGGUGACGUCGGCUGCUGCCACCUUUCGAAGGCUCUCAGAGCUGCCACCAGCUUGGAGGAGCUAGGCUUGAGCCACAACCAGAUUGGAGACACCGGUGCCCAGAACUUAGCUGCUGUCCUGCCGGGACUGCCUGAGCUCAGGAGGAUAGACCUCUCGGCGAAUGGCAUCGGCCCGGCAGGGGGAGCGCGGUUGGCGGAGUGUCUCCCGCUUUGUAGGCGCCUAGAGGAGCUGAUGCUCGGCUGCAACACCCUGGGAGACCCCACAGCCCUGGGGCUGGCCAGGGGGCUGCCCCGGCACCUGAGGGUCCUGCACCUGCCAUCCAGUCAUCUUGGCCCAGAGGGAGCACUGAGCCUGGGCCAGGCCCUGGAUGGAUGCCCACACAUGGAAGAGAUCAGCUUGGCAGUGAACAACCUGGCCGGAGGGGUCCCACAUUUCCGUCUGGGGCUCCCACUGCUCCGGCAGAUCGACCUGGUGUCGUGUGAGAUUGACAACCAGACUGCCAAGCCCCUCACUGCCAGCUUUGUGCUCUGUCCCGCCCUGGAAGAAAUCAUGCUGUCCUGGAAUCUGCUCGGGGAUGAGGCAGCUGCUGAACUGGCCCGGGUCCUGCCGCAGAUGGGCCGGCUGAAGAGAAUGGAUCUGGAGAAGAAUCGGAUCACAGCUUAUGGAGCCUGGCUUCUGGCUGAAGGGCUGGCGCAGGGGUCUGGCAUCCAAGUCAUUCGCCUCUGGAAUAACCCCAUCCCCCCGGACAUGGCCCAGCGUCUGCAGAGCCAGGAGCCCAGGCUGGACUUUGCUUUCUUCGACAACCAGCCACAGGAUCCCGCGUCGGCAGCCCUGAGCGCACAGUGCGGGCAACUCGGAGGUGCCAGCGGCUCGGGCGAGGCCAGCCUGGGGGGAGUGCGAACCAGCUGCGUUACGAUCCGCGGAAUCCUAGCCUGGAACGUUCAGAUCCUCGGAUCCCGGCCUCGAACGUUCGGACACUCGGAUCCUGGCCUCGAACAUUCGGGGCCCCGAGGCACUGACAACCCGGAGUGCCUGGGCGCGCCAGCCGCGGGCGGCGGGCGGGCAGGGUAUCGUCCCCGCUCCGCCCGUGGGAGCGCUCGCCCCUCCAGGAAGCGCCCGCCUCGCCUCCCACUUCCCGCCCCACGCCCGCCCCCGCCCUCGGCCGAGGGAGGAGCCCGAGCAGCAGCCGCCGCCACUGCCCGCCGGGCCGGGGAGGAGGACUGGACCUCGAGCAGCUGCGAGCGCACGCGAGCUGGCCAUGGCCGCGGGGGCAGCGCCCUGAGCCUGUCCCGCGCCCGCGGGCCCAGCCGAGCAGGGGAGCUCCCGGGGAUGCCCCGGUGGCCCGGAGUGCGGGGAGCGGCAGCCGCGCGCUCCGACCCGGCCACGCGGGGGCGCUCCGUCUUCGCCCCGACCGCGGGGGAACAGAGGGCAGGGCGCCGAGAGGGGACGGUGGCUCCGCCCGGGGUCCGAGCCCAGCGGUUUAGGGACCCUCCUACCUCCCCGGAGGCGCCUGGGGGCGUCAGGAAGGUGGAGCCCCGCCACCAUCACAGCUGCGGAAGUGCUGAGUUCGGCCUGGCUCCGGGCAGGCGCGGGGCCCGCUCCUCGCCCCCCGUGCCCUGCUCCCAGCCCCCCAACCCCCCUCCGUCCCCGGCCCCAGAGAGCUGCUAG